CCAUUUGCUUGCUUGGCUCAGGAAACCGUCCCCGUGCCAAGUCGGCCUUCAUGUUCUGGCAAGCCACGUGGCAAGCUACGUGAGCAGUGAUAAGCAGUGGUGCUUUGCCUUUUGUGGCAGGCCACGACAACGGAAGCAAUGGCAACAUAUCCGCAAGUCCGAUGCAAUGCGGAUGUAGAAGGGAGCUGUGCUGAGUACCCUGAUUAUACAGAUUUGGGUGAAGUCGUACUGCUCCAAUCAGGUUUGUCUCUUCACAAAUCGCUGAAUUCAGUGCAUGUGCCAUCGCAUCCGUCAUUGGUGGAAGAGUUGCUGCCCCUGUCUGGCCUGUCUGGCCUGUCUGGCUUGUCUGGCCUGUCUGGCCUUGUGAGCCCAGCAAUACGGCGUUCCACUCCACUGAUUGUCAUGGCCGUGAUAACCGCCUUUAUGAUUUGUCUCCUUGUCGGUAUUGGACUUCGGCAUUGUUUGCGACAUAGCGCUAUUUUUCAGAGCGCCCAGCCCCACAAGGGAAUAAAAGCUGGAAUUUAUGGUAUCCUUUUCACUCAAACAUUGAAUGCACUCGCGACUAUGGUAGUUUUACCAACUCUGCCAUUUUUUGCCAUGAAAUUGGGCGCCUCCGCCCUUGAAGUGUCUCUUAUGAAUUCAGCUUACAAUCUGGCGCAAAUGUUUUGCUCGCCUCUGAUGGGAGCAUUGUCAGACCGCUUUGGACGAAAGAGAGUUAUGGUGUUGGGAAUCUUUGCGCAGAUGAUUUGCAACGGGUUCAUGACUCGAGCGCAUACGCUGACGCAGCUAAUGAUGGCGCGUAUGGCAGUAGGAGUUGCGCUGAGUACGGGACCGGUUGAGAUGGCUUACAUCAUGGACUUCUUGCACUCCGAAGAAGAACUGAGUCGAGUUUUGGCACUUCAGCGAGUCAUGACCAGCGCUGGGGCAUUGGCAGGGCCUCUUGUUGCCAGAAGCUUUGACAAGCUUCCAUUCAAUGCCUUGUGCGGUGGUGUGGUCAUCAUCAACAUUGUCAAUCUCAUAGUGGGUUGUUUACUCUGGGAAGAUGCAAAAGCAGAGAAGGCCAAAAGUUUGGCCGACAUGGACACAGAUGCUGCUGGUUCUGAUGAGACCGAAAAGAGCUUUUCUGAGAGCCUGUACAUGAUGUUUUCCAACUAUUCUGCGUGUGCACUGCUUCUUGUCUCCUUCGUCUAUGCGCUCGGAUUUGCCAUUGGCGAUGGGCCUGAAAUGGUUUUCUUCAAGGAUCGAUACGGCUUUGGCAAAGACCAGGCCUGCAACUUCUACUUGUUGACCAAUGUAUCAACACUCGUUUGCUCGGCCUGGGUGCCAGUGUUGCUGACAAACUUUGGUGCUUUGACUCUCUGUGUAGCUGGAAGCUUGGGUGGCGCACUCUGCACUCUUCUGCUGGUGCUUGGACCUGUUGCACCUUGGGUGCCAUACUCGUUUGGAGCCAGCAUGGUUGGUCUAUUUGGGACUAUGAUCGGCAUGGGUUUCAUGCAUUUGGUGCGUGACUACUGUCCAGAGGAUCUGAUGGGGACAAUGCUGGGGAUGCAAAGUUCCCUGAAUGGUGCAGCGGGAGCUCUUGCACCUCCCUUGGGUGGCGUCUUGUAUCGUCUGAACAUGUUCUUCCCCUUUCUUUGCACAGCGGCAGGUUGUGCGCUGACAGGCCUUCUCUAUGAGACGACCUUGCAAAAGGAAGAGCCAGAAAAGGCCGCGGUGAAAGCCAUGGAGCCUUCGGUAGUGCGCAGAAGGACGUCCAAGUUGAAGAGGAUGUCAACCUUCGGGCGACCAAUUUACCAUGACAAAAGCUUCAUAGUCCAGGUUCAUGCCAAUGAGCUGAGCGUGGAGAUCAAUCCUGAAAGCAGGUACCUGUACCAGCGAAUGCGUGAGCAACUCCGGGAGGCAAAUGUCCGAGGUGGAAUGAAGCCGGUGGCGACAGUUUGUGGUCCGCUGGCGGCAAGCAUUGAGCAAGCAGAUGAACGCAAAACUAUGGAUUUGCAGCGCAUGAACUCUGCAAGGGACUUUUGAAAAGGUCUGCAACAUGCAGAUCGUGCAUGCAAGACUUCCAAAAGACCCAGCUGAGC